AUGCACCCGGACAGCUCCUACCCCAAAUGGGACAACUCUGAGCAGGUGGAACUGACGGUGCAGGGAGCGAGCAGCGCACCUGGGAGAGGCGGUAAAACUCUUUGCCUCUCCAGCUCCACCCAAGGGAAGGCCAUUGCGAUCCUGUAUGUCCUGCUGGUGAUUUGCAUUGCAGUGGCCACAGCUUUCAUUGUGGUGAACCUUGGGAAAUUGUCCCAGGGUCUUGCCGAAGCCCAGGUGGAUCGAGAUACAAUUAGAAGAGAUUCCAAGAGAAAUCUGUCACAUCACCAGGAUUAUCUAGUGUCCCAGGGUCUUGCUGAAGCCCAGCUGGAUCGAGAUACGGCCGGAAGAGAUUCCAAGAGAAAUCUGUCAGCUCUCCAGGACUAUCUGGAAUUGAAGAUAUCCAAAGAAUUCAACGUGUUUAGCAGUCGACUUGUUAAUGUGUCCAAGGAGCUGGCUGGGGUUAGGCUGAGGAUCGAGGAGAUCCAAGCUGAUCACGUAAAAGACCCAUCGUAUUUCCAGGACGCCAUAGAGAUAAAGAACCUAACACACAGCAUGUCGAAGGAGCUGGCUGAGGUGAGAAGGGACCAUGACAGACUCCAGGAGGUCUUGAGCAGGGUGCAGGACGACUUUCAGAACUUCAAAGAAUUCACUUGCAUGAAAUGUCCACCUGGUUGGCAGCGUUUUGAGGAAAGUUGCUACUUCUUUUCAACAUUGGCUAAAUCCUGGCCAGAUGCUAAGCAGUUCUGUACUGAUCAAAGGUCUGGCCUGGUUAUCGUAAACACCGCAGAGGAACAGAGGUUUCUGUCAAACCACAUCACUGAGCCGAACGUGUACUGGUUGGGCCUCAGUGACUCAGCAAAGGAAGGGGAGUGGCGCUGGCUGGAUGGCAGCCCCCUGUCUCUCAGGUCAGUGAGGAACCAGGGCAGGGAAAAUACACCUCCUAAAGCCAUAUCUGAACUAAGCAUCUAA